GCUUCUAGCCGAGCAGCAUCGAAAGAUUUCAUCAAACCACUCAAUCCAGCGUCGACCCUCCAAACCUCCGUCAUGGCGUCCCGGAGACUGGCUUUGAACCUCUCGCAGGGCCUGCGAAACCGUGCUGGCCUGUCGGCCGCCGCUCCCCUCCGACGAGGCUUUGCUACGCCCUCUACCGUCGGCAAAACUCAGACCACGACCCUUCCCAAUGGAUUGACCGUCGCGACCGAGCACUCCCCCUUUGCGCAAACGUCGACCGUCGGUGUGUGGAUUGAUGCCGGAUCAAGGGCCGAGACCGACGAGACCAAUGGCACCGCGCACUUCCUCGAGCAUCUCGCUUUCAAGGGCACCUCCAAGCGAUCCCAGCAGCAAUUGGAGCUCGAGAUCGAGAACAUGGGUGGCCACCUCAAUGCCUACACCUCGCGCGAGAACACCGUCUACUUCGCCAAGGCCUUCAACGCUGAUGUCCCCAAGAGCGUUGAUAUCCUCUCCGAUAUCCUCCAGAACUCCCUUCUCGAGGAGUCCGCCAUCGAGCGCGAGCGCGACGUCAUUCUUCGAGAGUCCGAGGAGGUUGAGAAGCAGGUUGAGGAGGUUGUCUUUGACCACCUUCACGCCACUGCUUUCCAGCACCAGGGCCUUGGCCGCACUAUCCUUGGUCCCCGUCAGAACAUCCGCGACAUCACCCGAACCGAGUUGACCAACUACAUCAAGAGCAACUACACUGCCGACCGCAUGGUCCUUGUUGGUUCCGGUGGCAUUCCCCACGAGGAGCUGGUUGGCCUCGCCGAGAAGCACUUCUCCGGUCUCCCCAGCACUGGCCCCAAGAACCACGCCUACCAGCUCUCCAAGCAGAAGGCCGACUUCUUCGGCUCUGAUGUUCGCAUCCGAGACGACAACAUGCCCACCGCCAACAUCGCUCUUGCUGUUGAGGGUGUCAGCUGGAACUCCCCCGACUACUUCACUGCCCUCGUCGCCCAGGCUAUUGUCGGCAACUACGACAAGGCCCUUGGCCAGGCUCCUCACCAGGGCAGCAAGCUUAGCGGUUGGGUCCACAAGCACGAUAUCGCCAACAGCUUCAUGAGCUUCUCUACCAGCUACAGCGACACUGGUCUCUGGGGUAUCUACCUCGUCAGCGACAAGCCCGAGCGUGUUGAUGACCUUGUGCACUUCGCCAUCCGAGAAUGGAUGCGUCUCUGCACCAACGUCAGCGGUGCCGAGGUUGAGCGUGCCAAGGCCCAGCUCAAGGCCUCCAUUCUCCUUUCUCUGGAUGGUACCACUGCCGUUGCUGAGGAUAUUGGCCGACAGCUCAUCACUACUGGCCGCCGCAUGGCUCCUGGCGAGAUUGAGCGCCAGAUCGAUGCCAUUUCUGAGAAGGACAUUAUGGACUUUGCCAACCGAAAACUCUGGGACCGAGACAUUGCCAUCAGCGCCGUUGGUACCAUUGAGGGUCUCUUCGAUUACCAAAGACUCCGCAACACCAUGAAGCCCAAGUUUUAAGGUAGAGAGGGCCAACCAGGUUUGCGAAAAUCGAGACCAGGGUAUAGAGUGUAUGAGAUACCGUUUACAGGCCUAGUGUACCAUAAAGUUUCCCUUGUUCAUACUAGGUAACGUGGCAGUGUGAUCAGUAGAGUGUGCUCGUUCAUACCGCCUAUGUAAUUGUUGAUGCCAUCGUGUUAUGUAGGCCUCAAUGUGAUUAUAGUGUUCCUUUGAGA